AUGACGUCGAAUGAGAUCCAAUCAGCUGUCCCUCAUACGUCUGACCACGAGAGGUCCGUCAGUGAUGGAGACCUCGAAGUGGAGAAGAAACGCAGGAAGACUCGUCGACGUCGGGCCAACAAGAAUCGCUUCAAGCCCUAUCAUUCACUGAGUCCCGAAGAGAAGAUUGCCCUGGAUGCUGCCGAGACUCUCCGAUCGGAACGUAGGAUACGAGAACGCAUGGCAAAUGGAAAACCAAUGGCUCCCAGCAAUACGACACAAUUCCUGUUGGAAGAUCGUGAAGCCCGAGCCGAGAAAGGGUUAGAGGUCGAGCUGGCGUACGAGGCUAGUGAAAGGAGACGAGUACGCUCGAUCAGUGUGUCAAGCGAGUUCAUGGCUGCCAGUGAAGGUGCAUCCUCAAGUGGUGACAGCGAGACCGAUAAGGAAAUGGAUAGGGAAUUCGAGGCCGAGUUUGAAGAGUACACUAUGGACCGGAUCUCAAAACUCACCAAAGAUGAGAUGACGAAAGAAAUAUUGGAUAAGGAGAAGAAUGCAGAGUUAUAUCAAGAGAAUAUGUCGAAAAUGAUGAAAGAAAAUCAACGAUUAAGGAAGAUGUUACUGGAUAAUGGAAUUGUUCUUGAUCAUAAUCAAACCUCACAAUCAGUUGUGUAG